AUCAAAACACCUUUAUAAAAACCGACAAGUUUUAUCCGAAAAACUACAAGAGUAGUCAAUAUUGCAUAGUAGAACAAGGAUCAAGGUGGGGUGGGUUUGAGAAUGAUGGCAGACAUAAGUUGGCGGUGCUGCUGUGCCGCAAGCGUAUGUCGAGCUCGCAUACGUGCCAAGAUCUGCUGAAGCUGUUUUUUCAUGUCACACACCUCCGCCUGCAUCUUCAAACAACCCGCACAAGCCUCUUUAGGCUGGAAACCCAGAAAAUCUUUUUUCAGCAAUUCUCCUCCCAGUACACAUAACUCCAUACGACUAAGCAUGCCGUCACUCAUAAUAUCUCUACAGGCAACACCUUUAGAGGUGGGAAGAAGAACAUUAAACGCUCGGAAUACCCGUGUCAACCACCAUCCAUAUUGUUUGCUUUGGAUUGAUUAUAUAUAUAUAUGUUGGAGGAAAGAACUUUGAAGCUCUCUAACUAGUUUAUUUUUGAGAUUAUUGAGGGAGUAGUUUUUCAUGUGAAGUAUGGAAAAGACUAAAGUAACAACAUAUAAGCUUAUUUGUUCGAUAAUUGUGCAUGAACCAGGCUUAUGUUGCACAAGACGACACGCUAAUGGCAACACUAACAGUAAGAGAAGCGAUACACUACUCUGCUCUACUUCAACUUCCAGCAUCUAUGCUGAAAUCGGAGAAGCUGGCUACCGCUGAGAUGGCUAUACAAAAGAUGGGUUUGCAAGAUUGUAGCAAUAAUUUGAUUGGAGGUCGAACAAUAAGAAGUAUUAGUGGGGGGCAGAAGAGGAGAGUUAGUAUAUGCAUGGAAAUCUUAACGCGGCCACAACUUCUCUUCCUUGAUGAGCCUACUAGUGGACUUGACAGCGCCGCAUCAUACCAUGUUAUGAGAUAUAUCAUUAGCCUAGCCAAGCAAGAGGGUAUAACAGUAAUUGCAUCUUUACAUCAACCAAGCAGUGAAGUGUUUGAGCUCUUCAACAAGCUUUGUCUACUUUCCUAUGGAAAACUUGUCUAUUUUGGGUCUACCCCUGAUGCAUAUACGUUUUUUUCCGUCAAUGCUUUCCCUUGCCCCAGUAUGAGAAACCCAUCUGAUCACUACCUAAAAAUCAUCAAUAAUGAUUUUGAGUUGGGACUUGAAGGGAAGUUGAGCACAGAAAAUAAUAUAAACUUUCUGGUCCAGUCGUACAAGUCCUCCGAAGCACAUCGACAAGUUCAAACGCGAGUAUCAACAAUAUGUGAACAUGAAGGCGUAAAGCUAGAGAAAGGAAGCCAAGCAAGUUUUAUCACACAAUCUCUUCUUCUUACUAAACGGUCUUUUGUGAAUAUGUAUCGUGAUCCUGGCUAUUAUAGGCUUCGUUUGGCUAUAUAUGUGGUUAUUUGCAUGUGUCUCGGGAUUCUCUUCCAUGGUCUGGAUGACUCUUAUGGAUCGAUUCAGGCAAGGAUUUCAAUGCUCGUUUACAUUGGGGGAUUUCUUACAUUCAUGGCUAUUGGAGGAUUCCCUUCUUUUGUUGAAGACAUGAAAAUCUUUGAACGAGAAAGAUUUAACGGACAUUAUGGUGUUGGCGUAUACGUGAUUAGCAACACAUUAUCCUCCAUCCCUUACUUGUUGCUUCUCUCCAUUGUUCCUGGGGCCAUAACUUAUUACCUUUCUGGUCUUCAAAAAGGAUUCGAUCAUUUCAUAUGCUUCGUUUUGCUUCUUUUUGCUAGCAUGACAAUGGUGGAGAGCUUGAUGAUGAUCGUUGCGAGUAUCGUGCCCGAUUUUCUUAUGGGUAUCAUCACAGGAUCUGGAAUUCAAGGCCUGAUGAUGCUAACCAGUGGCUACUUUCGGCUACCUAACGAUCUUCCUAAGCUUUUUUGGAAAUAUCCAAUGUAUUACAUCUCUUUUGGCACUUAUGUGAAUCAAGGAUUCUACAAAAAUGAGUUUGAAGACCUUGUUUUUUACGAUAAUGAUACACAUGGGGCAAAACAUAUGAUAUCUGGUGAAUGGAUCUUGAGCAAUACUCUGCAAGUACAAGACAACUCUAAAUGGGUCGAUGUUGCUAUCUUGUUAGGUAUGGUGGUGCUUUACCGUCUUGUCUUUUUUGGAAUUAUCAAAGUUGCUGAAGUUCGUCAAAAAUUAUCCCAUACCACCAAAUCGGCUUAAUCUUAAAAUGACUUUGGUCUCAACUUCCUACGGAUGAGGUAAGUUGUAAUCAUUCGUAUACGACAUCGUGCAUGAUUUGUCAAGAUAUUAUAUUUUUCAUUUGAGAGACCAAGAUGUAAUCAAAUAUCUAUAGAGUAUUUGGUUUUUUUAGUUG